CCAUCCCCUUUUGGAAUUGUCUUAUCUCAAUGAUCCCAUGCCAGUAACUGUGUUCUUCUUCUUGCGCAUCAUUUCUUACUUUGAACUUGUUUAUUCUAUAAGACAAACCAAUCUAACUCUACAUUAUCACUUCAGCUAUUACUGAAAUAUAUCAUGGAAUUUGCAGAAGAUAUCGUGAUUGUAGGAGCUGGAUUAGCUGGACUUGCCACCUCACUGGGACUUUAUAGGCUUGGAAUUAAAAGCUUAGUGUUGGAAUCAUCAGCUCGUUUAAGACUUGCUGAAUUUGCUUUAACAACAUGGACUAAUGCAUGGAAGGUCAUCGAUGCACUUGGUAUUGGCGAUUCUCUUCGUAAACAUCAUAUGUUGAUUGAUGGGGUAGUUGCUGCCUCCGUGGUUACAGGCCAAGGUGGACGGUCCUUAAAGGCCAGAGGGAAACACGGAGAGCAUGAGCUUCGAUGUCAGAAAAGGAAAACCCUGCUGCAAACCCUUGCAAAUGAACUCCCACCUGAUACUAUAAAGUUCUCCUCCAAGAUGGUUUCAAUUGAGGAAUCAAGCUACUGUAAACUUGUUUAUCUUGCUGAUGGUAUGAUCAUCAAAGCCAAGGUGCUGAUUGGGUGUGACGGGGUGAACUCAGUGGUGGGGAAGUGGCUAGGCUUCAAAAGACCAUCAUUAACAGGGAGAAUAGCAAUAAGGGGUAUGGCAAAUUUCAAGGGUGGUCAAGGCUAUGGCACCAAGUUCCAACAAGUCUUUGGUAAUGGCUUGCGAUCAGGUUUCCUCCCUUGUGAUGAUACUUCUAUUUAUUGGUUUUUCACUUGGACUCCCUCAACCCCAAGUAACCAUCACGAAAUGACAUUGGAUAAGAUGAAGGAAACUGUGCUAAGCAAACUUGAAAAUGGAGUUAAUCCUCUUCUAAAGACUGUAAUAGACACUGAAGUAGGAAAUAUAGAUUCUGCUCCUCUGGGAUAUAGAUAUCCAUUGGAGCUGCUGUGGGGAAAUAUAAGCAAAGGGAAUGUUUGUUUGGCUGGAGAUGCACUCCAUCCUAUGACACCGGACAUAGGCCAGGGCGGUUGCUCCUCCUUGGAAGAUGGUCUUGUCUUGGCUAGGUGCCUUGCUGAGGCCUUAUCCAUUUCCAUCGUAAAGUUUUAAUUUAUGUUAUUUUAAUUAUGUAAUUUUAAUUUUAAUUGUAAUUUAAUUAUCUUAUCAGUAAAAUUUUAAUUUAUGUUAUUUUAAUCAUGUAAUUUUAAUUUAGUUGUAAUUUAGUCAUCUUAUCAAUCAACAAUUGACAAGUUAUACUUUUUCUUUUAUUUACUUUUUUUCUAUUGGCUAUUUUCUUUUAUGUGAAUUAUUCAUUUACAAAACUAAAUUUAUAAUUAAAUUGAGUAAUUGAAAUAAAUAAAUUAAA